AUGCCGUUCUUGAAACCACAGAGAGUCACGUGGUGCAAACAGCGAAUAGAAGCUUGCAAACGAAAUGGCUGGCGACACGCUAUAUACUUUCCCGAGACGAAACGUAUUACUAAAGCACAUUAUACGGGCCAAUGGAAAAACGAUAAGAGAGAGGGUAAAGGCAUAGGAGUCAACAGGUAUCAUGAAGGUCUUUAUGGUUGGAUAUACGAAGGCGACUGGUAUAACGACCUCAAACACGGUUACGGCGUCCUCAGCAAAAUUACACAAGACGGCGAAGUGCGCAAGGUGUACGUCGGCAACUGGGCGAAGGGAAGGAAGCACGGAUUCGGAAGUAAUUGGUACAAGGACGGCAGCUAUUAUGAAGGCGCAUUUCGAGAUAACAAGCGGAAUGGCUAUGGCCGGAUUUGGUACAAGUGCGGCAGCGGAUAUUACCAGGGCAUGUGGCUGAAUGAUCGUUACCAUGGAGAAGGGAUACUCAUUCAAGGUUGCUUCCUUAGCUUGUGUUCGAUUUUAUUCUUUGCGUUUGCGAAAAUUGUGAACUAUAAAUUAUAUUAUUCCUCAUUCAAGGCGCUUCAUACUUAUCUUCAAGAAAUCCCCAUAAAUAUUUAUCUUAAAAUCUUCAUAGAAAACGGUAAUCUUUACGAGGGUCACUUUACAAAUGGCAAGAAGGAAGGUCGAGGUGUUUUCUACCAUUUAAAGAGAUGUCAAAUACAGGAAGGUUGUUGGGAAAAUGAUGUCUGCGUGAACAGCACGAUAGAAGACAUCCGACAGCCAGCUUUAUAUCCGAUAUUGCACAUUCCGAGGAUAAACAGUCAAGCAGCAAUAUACUUAUAAGUGCAUUGCUCACGUUUUGUUUACAUCUCUUCUCAGAUCAAUUUGAACAUAAUGAUUUCACGUUUCAAAAGCCUUUCUUGCGUUCGCGGCAAAUGGAAAAUAUAAUACGUGUAAUUUCUACGUACAAUUUUUUUAU